CGCCCAUAAAUGCAUGACGCACUAAGCCCAGCACAGGAAGAAUGUUCGACUCUAAAAGAUAACUUUUCUCUUUGUGGUAUGUGUUUUCUGUGUGUUUAACGUUGAGUGUUUAGUUUAGGAACGUCCAGCUGCAUUUUAUUUUGUCAUGCAAUAAGGUGUGUGUGUGCUACUCGGUUGGGGGAAAUGUUUUAACAAACAGUUUGACUUAGUUCCUGUUUAUAUAUGCCAUUUGAAAUCGUACUGGCUAGUUGAGUGACGUUGCUGAAAUGUAUUGAGUUUUGUUGAUUAUUUAAUAAUAACAUGCACAUCGUGCACAGGAGUAGGGGUCAGGGCUAGUAGGUGACGCAAUCAAGCAUGAAUCCAUAAGCCCGAUACCAGCUUCUGCAGGGUUGCGGCUCUUGCAGCGGUAUCGGCGCUAUGCUUCAGGUCCGGGGAUCGCCUUCCACCUCCGCCUGUGAGAAACACCGCCCGACUCAGGCCCUGAGUGAACAGCGGUUCGGAUAUUGUUUUGCACUGUUCUUGGCUCCACAUCCUCUUCAUCAUCAUCGCUGAGUGAUAAGUCAGAAUCACUGUCGCUGGUAUCGAAAUCCUCCGAACCAACUUCACUCCCGUUGUCGCCCUCCAUGAAACUGGGGCUGCUGCUGGUUCAAUCGACAAUCCAGUCUACAACCAAACAUUAAAGGCAAGGACCAUCUUCAGGAAAGGCCUUUUUACAACAAUGGACAACCUGGAUUGCGCAAUCUGUCUGGAUCUGUACAAGAUUCCUGUCACCAUCCCUUGCGGACACAACUUUUGUAUGAACUGUAUUUCUGAGCACUGGGAUAAGGAUAUCAAAGAAGAGAAGGAGAGUUCCUGCCCACAAUGCCGUCGAAGCUUCCCGUCGAGGCCCGAGCUAAAGAAGAACAUCGACUUGUCUGACUUGGUGGACAAGAAGCGGAAAGAAGACAGUGUGAAAAGCCCGGGGCCUCCUAGUGUUAGCAGAGCAGCAGCAGGGCUGUGCAGUCGUCAUGGCAAAGCAAUGGAGCUCUACUGCGAGGUUGAUAAGAUGUGCAUCUGCUGUGCUUGCAUCAUCAAGGAAUGCAGCACACACAAGAAGGUCCUGGUGGAGGACGAGAGAAAAGAUAGAGAGACAAAACUGAUAAAAAUGAGCAAAAAAGUGGACAUGCAGAUUGAACUGACUGAAAAGAACAUUGCAGAGUUGAAGGAAAACAUUGACACAGCAAAGGAGUUGUCGGAGCACACGGCAGAGUGGUUGUCUAAUAAGUUCUGCCACCUGCUACAGAAUGUGAAGCAGUGCCAGGAGGCCAUGGCACAGUAUGUGGAGCAGGAGAAGGUGAGAGAGCUCAGCCAGGCUGAGGAGAAUCUACAUCAGCUUGAGGAGAGUGCAGAGACACUGAGGAAGCAUCUGGAACAGACUGAGGCCCUGCUCAAAAAGCAAGAUGAUGUUCAAUUCCUGCAGGAGUCUCAGUUCAUUGAUGAGCCACCCUUGAAGGAAGUUCCAUUGUCUGUUACCUUGGAUUUAGAUACCAAAGUGACUGCUGUGACUGACAUAGUAUCCAAGAUCUCAAAACUGAUUUUAGAGGAUUUACGGAAAGUGACACUUGCUGCUGACAUACAAGAAGUGCAAGACUCUCCAAAGGAAAAGCGGUGCACUGAAGACAUCUCUGCUGUCUCCACCAAGUCUCCCAUUGGAGAAUGCUAUCAAGCACAAUACCGCCCCCUUUCUUUUGACCCCCACACAGCCCACAAGUACAUCAGGCUAUCAUGUGAGAACCGCAAAGCAGAACACAUUUCAAUGGGGGUGCAGAAAGUCCCUGCACACGAGGCCCGUUUCGAGGGCAGUUGCUGGCAGGUGCUGUGUGCGGAGGGGCUGGAGGGCGGGAAACACUACUGGGAGGUAGAUGUCUCCCAUCCGUGGGUCUACCUGGGGGUGGCCUACAGCUCCAUCAAGAGGAAGGAGAAGGACAAACAGUGUUAUCUGGGUAUGAACAAAGAGUCCUGGAGCCUGCAGCUUAAUAAAGGCUGCUGCUUUGCAUUGCAUGGUGGUAAAGAAGAACGGCUGGGGGAGCAUGACUACAAGAGAAUAGGCCUCUUUCUGGACUUCCCGGCAGGCAUCCUAAUAUUCUACGGGGUGGGGAGCAAACUGAACCACCUUCACACGUUUCACACCACCUUCAGCCAGCCGCUCUACCCAGCCUUCUGGAUCGGGGAGGGUGUGAGUGUCACACUCUUAUAACAGGCAGCAUGGGAACUGUUUCUUCUAGUUUGUGAUUUACACUGCAACGUCUAUUAACAGGAUUUUUUAAGAUUAAUUAUACAGCAUAUCUGCUUGCAAUCACAAAUAAAAUAUCUUUACUUGU